UCUUCAUGCGACACGUCGAUCGUCGUCGUCAUUGUUUUUCGCGCGUCUCGUCGCUCGAUUCUCUACGAGACGCCGUGCGUCGAUUCGUUUCUGGCACGCGGUGACUAUCCAUCACGGACGAUUCGUGACGUUUGAAUGACAGGGAGAGUCUCUUUGUCGUUCGGGAACAAUGAAAUAUAUCGGAGCACUCGAUGUCGGGACCACCACUGUACGGUUUCACAUCCUCGACGAGCAAGCGGUCACUGCCGCCUCCUCCGUCGAUAAGGUCCAGCUCUUGUAUCCGAAACCUGGACACGUGGAAAUAGAUCCUGAUGAAUUAUGGAGGAUCAUAGUAAAAGUGAUCAAAACCACCAUAGAAGAAAGCGGGAUAAAACCGGAAUCAAUUGUUUGUCUCGGAAUAUCUACACAACGCGGAAGCUUCACGACAUGGAACAUGAAGGACGGAAGGCAUUAUCAUAACUUCAUAACGUGGAAAGAUUUACGCGCCGAUGACAUGGUAAAAGAAUGGAACUCGUCGUUGACAAUGAAAGGACUGCGAAUAGGGUCGCAAAUUUUGUACACACUUUCUAGAAGGAAACGGUUCUUGGCUGCGAGCGUUUUCAAAUUCAUGAACACGCAGAUGUCGCUGAGGCUAUUAUGGGCCUUGCAACACGUGCCAGGUUUACAGGAGGCGGCGAAUAAUGGAAAUGCAGUUUUCGGAGGCGUUGAUUGCUGGCUUUUGUAUAAACUCACCGGAAGACACGUGACAGAUGUUUCGAGCGCAUCAGCGACCGGAAUUUUCGAUCCAUUCACGAUGACUUGGUCCAGCGUCUUGAUAAAUCUACUGAAACUUCCGUACAACAUCUUUCCGGAAGUGGUGGAUACAACCGGCGAGUUUGGCGUGCUUUCGAAGGAAGUAUUCGGCGUUGAAAUUCCGAUACUUUGCUCGAUGGCAGAUCAGUCUGCUUCGAUGUUUGGUUCAGGAUCUACGCAACCGGGAGAUUUGAAAAUUACAAUGGGAACGGGAACAUUUGUAAAUGUUAAUACAGGAACAAAAGCGCACGCUUCCGUUACAGGGUUAUAUCCUGUGAUCGGAUGGGGUAUUGGCGAUGAACUAGCGUACGUAGUAGAGGGUGCAUCAAACGACACUGGAGUUCUCGUGGAAUGGGCGAAAAAAAUUGGUAUCAUUAACGAUGCUAGUGAAACCUCGAGUAUCGCAAGUGCUGUGAACGACUCCGACGGAGUAUAUUUUGUGCCCGCGUUCAGUGGACUGCAAGCUCCUAUAAACGAUUAUUCCGCAGCCACUGGCUUCGUGGGGAUAAAACCCACAACAGAGAAGAGUCACAUCGUUCGAUCGUUGUUGGAAAGUAUCGUCUACAGGAUACUGCUCAUUUACGAGUCUCUCUGCACGGAAACUUGCUUUACCUAUCGUAAAAUACGAGUCGAUGGGGGAGUGUCCACAAAUAAUUUUGUAUUACAAUUGCUGGCCGAUCUGACGGGUCUCGACGUGGAGCGAGCUACCAGCACAGAAAUGUCUAUUUUAGGAGUAACUUUUCUCGCAGGUUUACAAUGCGGUAUUUGGAAAAACAGAGAAGACGUUCUUAAGCUUCGUAAAAUAGAAACGAUAUUUGAAUCGAACGAAGAGAACCGAUUGCGAUACCAACCGAUAAUUGCUCAAUGGAAACGUGCUGUCGAACGACUUGGUCAAUGGUAUUAAAAACGGUACAAAUGGUACCAGAAACUAUUGUUUACCAAACCGUGACUUGCCGAACAAACACACCGAAUAUAGUUAAUACUGUAUUAUAAAUAAGACGAACUUUUAUACGUAUUCGUACUCGGUUGUAUAUUUCGUAAUCGUUGUAAAUAAAGAUCAUUGACUUUUAAAGGACGUUAGGGAAACCAUUUUUAAUGGUGCAUUUAAAAAAUCAAUAUUUUAUUAAAAAUAUGUGUCGAGUGAAAUGAAUUCUAUUCUACGAGCAAUUUUCAAACGACUUCUUUUCUUUAACACUUUGACUGCCACGUCGCCCAUAUGUGGGUGACAGAACUUUUAACAGUGGAACUAAAACAAUCAAUUCUCAAGUUGAAACGUUAAAGAAAAUAAAUUUUAAUAUGCUUCGUAAAUUUCAAUGAGGUUACGAAAGUAACUAUUAGAACAACUUUUAAGUUGCGCAAUUUACUAUUGUUUAAAAUCAAAGUUUUGGUCUCGUAAACAAUUUUAGAAUUUUAGACUAGUAGUCAACGUGUUAAACUUUGUGGUCUUGAAGAACUCGACUAUUUCACCUAUUGCAUACAAAGCGGUCUCGAAACGACCUUAAACUGUCCUGUUCAGAAAAUUAAGGUGAAGAAUUUAAAUUGGCAGCUUGGUCCGAGCGUAAAAGAAAAUUAAACGUUUAACUUCUAGAACGAGGACACAUUGUGCGUACAUUUGAAACUCUUAUUAAAAUUGCAAUCGCUUUCGGCAUCGAUUUUCACCAUAAUACGAUGGUUCAACCCCAUAAUCAGAAGUUUCAAUUCUCUGACGUGGUGAAGUUACACGAGUUUCACGUUCAAUGAAAAACCAGACGUUAAAACGAUCGAUUUUCUCGUGGAAAAAUAACUAUGCAUUGAAAUAAAAAUAAUGAUGAACCUUUUAUGAAACAAUUGGUUCUGUUACGAUGAUCAAAAAGAAAUCAGUCGAAAAAAUAAGCCUGCGUGCUAUCAGAGUAUCAGAAAAAAAAUUGUAAACAAGAUUAUCUGUUGUUCAAUUUGAUAUCUGAUCUUAUGUAAUCAGAUUUAAAUAAAAAUCCAAUAAAGGAAAGAUCGUAUUUUUUACCGGUAUUUGAACGAUGACAAGUAGCAGAUACAUUCGUUCAGAAUGUCGCUCAUGAAGAACGUUGCACGUGCACGUAUAAUUAUUUCAACGAAGUUGAAUAUCCUCGACAGAGAUUACGUAUAAAACUUUCUCGGUUACGACCACGCGAUACCUGGUUACUAUAAUUGAAACAUACACGCGAGAGGCCGGAUAGAUCUCGACCAGAGGAGAAAGUUCGAAGAAAGUCAAUGAAGCACGAAAGUUAGAAAGAAUUCAGGAAAUCUAUGACGAAAAAGAAGAACAGAGGAAAGAGAAGCAAAGUGGAACGACCGCAAGAAAAUGGGAAAGUAUCGAUUAAUAGUCGUUAAUUUUGCAAUUGCACCGCGUGUUUAUUGCAUCACUGCUUAACGCAAUAACUCGAACAAUUUACACAAUUUUAAUGUCGAUUAGAAAAUAUGUAAAAUCGAUAACGGCUUCAUAGGGAUAUACCGUUCCGUACGAUUGUUCGCUUUUGUAAAACAGUCACAUUCAAAGUUACGCUGAUCAACUUUAUUUACGCAAUAAAAUAGUAAAUUUUCAUUUUAAAAUAUAUUAUCGUUGUUUCUUUUUCAUACGUUGCACGAGCAAUGCCAUUUUAAUACGAAAGAAUAUUUCCAAAUAAAUAUAUUUGCAAAGAUCGAAGGAUAGUUCUAAACUUUUGAGCGACGCGUUGCAAGUACAUUGUUCUACGUACAAGAAAAGGCAAUUGUGUAUUCGACGGUGCUAUGUAAAUAAACGCGACC